GAGGAGUGACCACAGAGGCAGAGGGGUGGGUGGGCUGGCCCAUGGCGGAAGCCUCGCUCCCACAGCUGAGGGGAGAUGCGGGAGCCACGCCUUGCCCCAGCGUCCUGGAACUGGAGGAGCUCCUGAGGGCAGGGAAGGUUUCUUCCAGCCACGUGGAUGAAGUUUGGCCCAACCUUUACAUAGGAGAUGCGGCCACAGCAAAUAACCGCUUUGAGCUCUGGAAGCUGGGCAUCACCCACGUGCUGAAUGCCGCCCACGGGGGCCUCUACUGUCAGGGCAACGCUGACUUCUAUGGCAGCAGUGUGAGCUACCUGGGGGUGCCAGCCCACGACCUUCCUGAGUUCGACAUCAGUGUCUACUUCUCUUCUGCAGCUGACUUCAUCCACCGUGCCCUGAGCACGCCUGGGGCUCUGCCGACUGGACCAGCAGCUGCGGGGUGCAGGCCGGAGCUGAGGGGCCAGAACUGGGCCUUACUCCCUGCUAUGGGGCUCUGCCAUUUUGCCCUGGCCCUGCUGGUGCUGCUGGAGGUUGUGGCCCAGGUGGAUACCCAGAAGAUGGUAAGAGCCCAGUGCGGGGCCCACCCUCGAGCCUGCAGCUCCAUCCACUUGCUCCUGCUGCCUGUACUCCCUCUCAGCCAUGGCCUCCAGUGCUCACAGAAACAGCAUCAAGUGUGCAGAGACGGGCGUCUGAAAGCUGGGAGCAAAAAGUGCCCGUCAGAGAAGACCACAGCCUGGGCCAAAUACCCCCACAGGGUCUCGGAUUCCCUCAGCCAGCUGACUCCUGACACGAGCCACCCCACCGCGGUGAGGCCUGACCUGCAGCACUGGCCUGAGUCACAGGGGAUGGACUCGCUGCAGAAGCAGGACCUCCGGAGGCCCAAGAUCCAUGGGUCAGUCCGGGUGUCCCCCUACCAGCCACCCACGCUGGCCUCGCUGCAGCGCUUACUGUGGGUCCGUCGGGCUGCCAUGUUGAACCACGUCAAUGAAGUCUGGCCCAACCUCUUCCUGGGAGAUGCGUACGCGGCCCGGGACAAGAACAAGUUGACCCAGCUGGGCAUCACCCAUGUUGUGAAUGUCGCCGCAGGCAAGUUUCGUGACACAGGUGCCAAGUUCUACCGCGGAAUGCCCUUGGAGUACUAUGGCAUCGAGGCUGAUGACAACCCCUUCUUUGACCUCAGUGUCUACUUUCUGCCUGUUGCUCGAUACAUCCGAAGUGCCCUCAGUGUUCCCCAAGGCCGCGUGCUGGUACACUGUGCCAUGGGGGUGAGCCGCUCUGCCACAGUUGUCCUGGCCUUCCUCAUGAUCUGCGAGAACAUGACGCUGGUGGAGGCCAUCCAGACAGUGCAGGCCCGCCGCGAUAUCUGCCCCAACUCGGGCUUCCUCCGGCAGCUCCAGGUCCUGGACAACCGACUGGGGCGGGAGACGGGGCGGCUCUGACCUGGUGGGCAGCCAGGAAUCCUGACCCUCUGGCCGGCAUGGCCCACCUAACCAGCCUGCACCUGGGGGCCUUUUUUCCGGUGAUCUUCAGAUGUAAAUGGCAAGUGGGGGCUUAGCUGAGGCAGAGGCAAGGAGAGCUGGUGGUGACCUUUAGCAGGUGGAUUUUCCCUGACCCAAUCCAAAGAUUCUUUAUGCAAAAGAGAGUUCAGUCUGUCUCUAUAAUAAAAGGUUCAUCAUAAUAAAGACUUCCUCUUCUGGUGAGUUCAUCUGCUGGUGAAGGUUCAUCUUCUGGUGGUUUGUGGGGCAGUGGCUCACUCCUAGGAUGGUCAGGAGGUUCCAGAAGGCUAGACAACCUAUGAUGGCAAUCUAGAGACAGAGUCUGAGUCCACUGUCUGAAUAAAGACCAAAGUUUGAGGCAUCACCAUCCUUCACAUGCCUGCCCUGUAUCAAAACCGACUGUCAAAACGUGCUGUGCACAAACGUGCUGGUAUCUCCUGAAUCCAGUCAGUCUUUUCAUCUUCAGUCUGCUUUCAAAAGCAUGGACUGAAAUCACAGAAACCUAACAGAGGCAUUAAACAAGAGGGUAGGAGACACGGCAAAAUUCUUGGUGAAGGAUGGUUAUGAUAGGGCAACACUGGCUUUGAGUUUCUUACUUCUUGUGCCCUAAUAAAACAGUGCAAAAAGCCCCCAAUUCCUCACCUGUACGUGAGGUAUUUAUGAGGAUUAGAUGGGCUGGCUUUCCUUUUACCUCUCUGCCUGUUCCUAUGUAGCCCUUGCCUCCUCCAGCUGACCCUUGCUGAAUGUCAAGGUCUCUUGAGAUUUCUGGCCUCUGCGUCUUCUCUCCCUCUUGUGUUCUCACUCCUUGGGGGAAGGGGAGGUCCUCUUGCUCCCACAGCCUCAGUUCACAUCUCUAGGCUGACAACUCUCAGACCCCUAUGGCGGCCGAAUUUUCUUUUUUGAGCUUGAAAACCUCAGUAUACUACUGGCCACCUUCAUUUGAAUACACUUGAAUUUCAAACUGAAGUGUUCAUCACCUCCCACCCGAACCAAUUCCUCUUCCUAGUUCCCAUUUUAGUGAAGGGUUCUGACAGGCAUUAUUGCCCAAGCCAGUGGUGGGUGUCACCCUGGGCUCCUGCCUUUCUUUUGGUUGGCCUACCAACUCUGUCUCCUAAAGCGAGCUCGGAUCUGCUCAUUUAGCUUCAUCUUUGCCGACUACCCAAAUUCAAGCCACCUCACCUCUCACCUGGCUUCCUGCUCAGCCCGAUGGUCUCUCUGCCUCUAGCCUUGCCCCUCCCAAUCUCUACACAGGUCCCAGACAUCUUACUAAAACGAAAAUCUGAUCAUAUCACGCUAACACUUACAGCCCCCCAGAGACAGACAGCUUGACAAAGUAUAAAGAUUCUUCAUUUUCUGAGAACUUCUCACGUCUCCAGACAUUUCUCUUCUAAUUCUGUUCCCAUACAUGCCGUGUAAUUAAGAGAUGCUAAAUCUACCUGCACUUUCCAGAAAUGUUCCACUCUCUUGCCUCUUGGUGCUUUAUACAUGCUUCAGGUUAUACAGCCUGAAUGCGCAUCCUCACACAUUUUCACUGGGGUGUCUUUGAGAUGUCUCAGUUUAGAUGUCACUUCUGGGGAGCCCCCUGGACCCUGCAAGCCUCGGUGAAGUGCUCUUCCUCAAGCUACCAAAAUGUCCAUCCACCCCUGUGUAUCACCUGUCAUCUGAAUUGUAAGUGCCUGGGGCUCUGUGAUUCUUUUCCAGCUGGCAGUCUCUCACCAGGCUUUCUCUGGGCUCAAGGAAUCCAAGACUCCCACCCUCUCUGGCUGUAACCCUACCUUCAGGGAGAGUUGUGUGUUACUGUGCCCUCUCUACGGGGGCCUCCAGGCGGAGUGGAUCCCCACCUGGCCCCAGGACUGGGCCUGCCUCCAUAGGGGACCUCCUCUCCUCCCAGCUCCAUCUGCUACGGCAUCUCACCGUUUGGUCACCCUGACACCCUCUUCCCAGCUCAUCUCGUCUCCUUGGGCCACCUCUGACCUCUCUCUUUGCUCCCCUGCCAAGGCUUUCUGGGGACAGCCCUACCCUCUCCCAGGGGCUUAAGCAGUCUAUAUCCUUCUCUACCGUCUGCUCUAUUUCCAGAAGGCAAGUCCUUUUCCUUUGUUGCAAAUCAAAAAAAAGGGUCACCUCUGACCAAAGCAGCAGACCUAGUUCCAAGUCAUGGUGCUCAACUCAGGGAGCUGAGCACAGGAUGUGCUUUAGGACCCCCUGCGAUUUAUAAACCGUACAAACAUGUACCGCCCUCUCUGGGUCAUAGAGACUUAAUAUCCCCAUUUUACAGAUGAACAAACUUAGGCUCAGAGAAGCUAAAAUGAAGCUGGAUGUUGCCUGCUGGAUCCAAGAUCUCUGGGUUCUGGCCACGAAGGACUGGUGGUGCCCAGCAGCUCCCCAUUCUCCUCCCUGCAGCACUUGUUCCUAGUCCCAGCUGGCUGCCUCAGGUGCUCUCUGGGCCUCUUCCAAAAGGUAAACAUAUGUCCCAGAGGAAGUCUGUGCCCAACCAGGCAGGAUGGAGAAUUUCUCGGCUUUUCCCUUGGGUUAGUGAGGCCUAUAAUUCUCCAGAGCAGACAAAGCUAAUCCUUGCCCCAUAGCCCAGCCUGCCCACCCCCAGUUCCCUUGGAUCCCCUUGCUCUGCCUGACAGCUCAGCCCUUGUUGCUAUUUCCUGCUCAUGCAUGGUCAGCAGGAUCCAAAAUAGUGGCUCCAGAAACUAGUCUCUAAAUCAACAUCCGGGUCUAUAACUGUGGGCAGCUGGCCCUUGCUGGCUGGGUGGAGCACCUUGAAUCUGGAACAGAGCCGUACCCUGGGCCUGGGGUGUUUGUUUCAGCAGGUUACCUUCUUGGGGCUCUAAGGGUUGGAACUAAGAUUCUGGGGCUAUGGGGUGAAGAAGGCAGGGAAAGCCAAACAUGCCCCAGAGCACCCGAGGAAAUAGAGGUUGAGCUCCAGACUGGCACCUCCACCAGAAAGCCUUCCUGCUGCCACACUUGGCCCAGGAAGUCUGCGAUGAAGCGUCUGCUCCUCCUGUUCUAUGGAGCAGGCUUGUGAAAGAAGUGAGGUGUUGUUAAGACCAUGAACUUGGACUGUGGUUAUAUAAGAAGUUGACCUUAGAGGAAGCUGCUAAGAAAUGUCCCUGCUAUCUUUAUAACUUCUGUACAUCUAAAAUUAUUCCAAAAUAAAAAGCUUUUACAAUUUGUUGACAA